UGCAGAAUCCAUUCAGCCGUUGUCGCGUCUCGGAAUUCCAUUUGACCUUUGCUUACAUGUGUCUUUCAUUGUUGCUUCUGCAUCGUGUAUAUGUGGUCGUAUCCUUCAUCGUCUUGAGUGGAUCUUUCCUUCAUAUACCCCUCCAGACUGCAUUUUCUCCUUCCCUGCCGCCGUCCGCCACCUGGUGCGAGCUACGUCCUCUCAGACCAUGGCGCAACGAUCUGCAGCUAUCCGAAUUACAAAACCGCCAGAUUCUCCUGGAUCCAAGGGCAAGCAAGCGAGCACUCCUCCGAAGGAAAAGGAGCUAAGAAAUGACAAGUCGCAGAGGCUGUGCAGGAACAUUACGCUUUACGACCAAUGCAGGACGCCCAAUUGUCCAUUCUACCACCCACCGAAGUCUGAUCAGCUCGAAGCAUCCAGUACGACUACCGUGGUAGAAAGCAGUCCUACCAAGGUCAAUGAGCUGAAGGCCUCGCACCUGCAAGCACCUGUCUUCGUUCCAAAAGCUUCUGCGCCUGUUUUCAACGUGUCUCCUACUCUGUCCACGCCAGCUCUGCAAGCGCCCCGAUCCCCUGGUCCUCAGCUAUCACAUGUAGCGCCAGAAUGGAAUCAGGAGAGCUACGCCGGAGCUUCUCAGAUGCAGCAUGAAUACGAAGAUCCAGCUUAUGACUAUGAUACCUUGGCUGCAGGAGCAAUGUACAUGCCUCAACAGCCUCUUCGCCCGCCCAUCGACUACCACCUCUACACCGCACCUAUGCCAUAUGUUUCAAACCCGCCUCUCGGUCAAAAUCCCUUACAUUCAUUCUUCAUCCCUGACGAUCUUCGACGCAUGUUCUUAGCCCGCCUGGAAGCACUCAAAUGGAAACCUAAUGUUCCACCUCAUCCUCCACCUCCAGCUGAACUGGGUGUGUAUCAUGAUCUUGUGCCUCUGGAAUCAGUCAGACCUACCAGUAGUAGAGUAUAUGGCCACCCAGCGCCUGUAUACAGAGCUAUGAGCACCGUUGAUGGGAAUGUGUACCUUUUGAGGCGGAUCGAAGGCUUCCGAGUUACGAGCGAAGCUGCAUUUGCCGCUCUGGAUACGUGGCGCCGGCUCAGACAUCCAAAUAUAGUGACGUUGCGAGAGGCAUUCACCACGAAGGCGUUUGGCGAUAACUCGCUCGUGCUCGUUUACGAUUUUCACCCGAAUGCCACCACCCUGUGGGAUGAACACUUGAAUCAGAAUGCGGAGUCUGCUCCUAAGCUACCACAUACAGCCAGGAGACAGGGCAUGCCUAUCAAUGAGCGUCUGUUGUGGUCCUAUGUUACCCAGAUAGCGAACGCUCUCAAAGCAAUUCACAGUUCCGGUUUGGCAGCCAGGGCUCUCGAUCCCAACAAGCUGCUUCUGACCGGCAAGAACAGGGUACGGCUGAAUGGCGGGGGAAUCCUUGAUGUCUUAUCAUUUGACCCCAGCACUCCUCCUGCAGCGUAUCAAGCCGAAGACAUGAUCUCCUUUGGAAAAUUGAUAUUAUCCAUGGGUUGCGAAUUCUAUCAACCGGGUCACCAUCCCGCUCAAGCCAUUGAUCAUCUUGAGAGAGUGUACUCGCCAGACGUCAAGAACCUUGUCAUCUUCCUCCUCGGCAAACCUGGUCCAUAUAAGACAUUCGACGAAGUUUUGCACAUGAUCGGGCCGAGGAUCCUGAACGAGCUCGACGCGUUGCAAUUCUAUAACGACUCGCUCGAAGAUGAGGCCAUGAGGGAGAUGGAGAAUGGUAGGAUCGUCCGGGUACUGUCAAAAAUGGGCUUUGUCAACGAGCGGGCUGAAUUCGAGUAUGACCCACGUUGGGCAGAUACCGGCGACAGAUACAUAAUCAAGCUGUUCCGAGAUUAUGUUUUCCACUCUGUCAGCCCAACUGGCGCUCCUGUACUCGACUUGUCCCACGUCAUAACAUGCCUGAACAAGCUCGAUGCGGGGCUCGACGAGCGGCUAAUGCUCGUCUCAAGGGACGAGAGGUCUUGCUUGGUGGUGACCUAUCGGGAGAUCAAGUCGUGUAUCGAGGCUGCCUACACCGAUCUUCGCAACGCCGGAGACAAACUUCCUACAGGAGCCAUGGGAGCGAUGGGUAUCUCGCAGCGUGCAAUGGGAUCAUCUUGAGAGUUGAGGGGUCAGAAACUGAGAAAAGACCAAAAACACUGGCAAACAUGCAAAAA